AUGAGCUCUUACAGGAAACCCACUGCUAAUUUCCAAAUCGGAAAGGACGAUUCAGAUCACCUCAACAGCAAACAAUCAUUAGACGAGGAUGAAACUCUAUUUUAUUUUCCUGACGAUACGAAGCGAGACCAAGUGGAGGCACUGAAGAUGAAGUUUUAUCAAAAAAACAACGCCAACGAAAACUUGCCAAGGUUUGAAGCUCAGGCAUCAUAUCUCGCUCAAGACGACAACAAAGGGACCAGAAGAACUCUUUUGAACCGUAGGCGACAGCACAGUGCUCCAGAAGGAGCUGAAAAGGUAAAACCUGAAGCGGGUUUCUACAAGGAAGACAAAGGCGAUGACGAUGUAAAACUAGACUUGAAAAUCUCGGACCGCUUUGAAGGCAUCAUGAAAGUAAAUACAGAAUUCCUUCAGUUACCGAGUAUUAAAAAGGAAGAGGCGAAUUCUAGUCACACUUUAGCUGUAUCAGGCAGUGAAUCCGAGACCAACAUUGAUUUCGUUAGUUUCGUCGAUGAAUCAAGAAUGGAAGACCAUCGCGCACAGCAAACACUUUCUGUUGGAUCACAAGAAAUAUCACUCGAAAGGGACCUGACAUCCAAAGUCAAAAAGUUUCUCCAAGAGCCUCAGCCUUUGGCCAGCACACAAAGUCUUCGAGUGAAGAAAAUCCCCGAUUUUAAGCUACAAAGAAAAGUAAGUGGGAAUGUUUACACUAACGGUGCUGUGGAGCAGCUCAGAGGAGUGCCUAUUAAUACUGACACAUGCCCACUCAUGAGCCACUUUUCAAAGGACAGAAAAUGGUAUUAUCAAGACAAAAGAAGAAAAUGUCGCUAUCUCAGAGCUCCAGAAUCUCCUACUCCUCCUAUUUCAUAUGUAUUUGCAAAAGACGAACUAGCUGACUCGGUUUACGAGUAACAAGGAAGUUCCUAUAUUUAUUAUCAAGUGUCAAAAACUUGACCAUUUUGCCGCGGAAUCUACGCCUCAGUGAGAAUUGGCGACGCUAAAGCGGCCUGAUUGGUCGCUAACGCUAGCGAAAAUCACUUACACACGGGAAGUCAUUCUUUUUUUUUUUUUUUUUUUCGCUCCGAGGCUAAUAGCGUUCAUGGUAUUUAUAUCUCAUCGAGUGCGUUUGUAACUCAAGAAUGUUGUGUGGUAGAAUACAAUUGUUUUUCAAGUAAGCUUUCAGCUAAGUUCACGAGAAUAUAAUCUCUUGCUAUGUCAUAGUUAUUGCGAAACAUUCUAUGCUCGUGGAAAUGUCACACUAGAUAAUUAGAACAACGUUCAUGUUGGUAAUGUAUGAUGCGCAAGAGCUGCCAAGAGUUACUUAAAUUCCAAAGUCGCGUCUUAGUCUAAUCCUGUUUGACUAACGAAAUUAAAAAAUAAAUAAAUCAGCUCAAUUUAAAUUAAUAUUGAGGUAGCUCACGAGCAAUGACGGCGUCUUUCAUGUAUAUUCAUUCAUUAUUGAAUCGACUUUCGUUUGCGAACUUUACGGAAACACUGAACAUCAAUAUCAACAUCAAUAUUUAAAUUGCCGUUUCAGCGCUGAGUUCCGCUUUGCCAUCUUAUGCAUCAAUGACUUUAUUUGUUAUAAUAAACAAGAAAUAAUUAAAAGUAGCACAUUGGACGACUUUCUUUUUUAAUCCGAGGGUCAAAUGUUAUCAUAGAAUGAGAUGGAAAAUUACUUUUGAUCUACAGACACUUGUAUGCGUUGUUGUUUCAGUAAAUGUUUACCAUUUGAAGAAAAACAGUUGAAGUUAUCUUUGGUGUAAACGUGGGAUCUGAAAUGUUAGCUCGAAUAUAAUGGUGCGAUAGCGUGACGUUGGUGGCGUUUAGCGGUCAAUCAACCCAGCUGUCAUUUCCUCUGUGUUAUUUUGGUAAAUAAGGUCACAUGGUUCAUACUGUUCUUUAAUUCUCUCCGCUCUAAUUCAACAAUUGGUCUUGACAAGUAAUACACUGAACUGCUUUGUUUUCGUAUCGUAUGGAGAAAGAGAGGCAUCGUCGGAAAGUUUCAACGGGCCAAAUAGGGUUAAAAAGAACUACUGCCGGAGUUUUAACUACUUUAAAAUGUGAACCAAGGCCGAAUGAUUUUCUGUCCGUUGACCAUUUUAGCGCUCAGGAUAAUGGUGUUAUCGGAAAGAAUAUUAACGAACACAAAGCUAGAGACAGAUCGAAAGUGGACCAUAAAGAAGAUGUAGUCGCUAACAGUUCUGAAGAUUUAAAAGAUGGGACAGUCGCCAAAAGAUCGAUCCAAGCACGGUCUUUACCACGAACCCUCUUCGUCAAAAGAUCAGGUCAGAGUCCCCGCUAUGAUAUUGGAGUGAGCGUCACAAGGCAUCGUUUGCCUCAGGAAAUCAACACAACAAAGCAGAGCCAAUUUAUAAACAAUUCAGCAUCGGUCUCUGGAAGGCGAAUGUCCUCUCCAGGAAUAAUUAUAGGCAGCUCUGCCAAUGAACAAAUAUCUGGUUCUAAAAGAGUUGUGACAGCACUCGAACGACAAACAAAACAAGUUAUCACGCAAACGAAAUACCCCUCGGAAACCGGAAAAGAAUCAAGCGAUUCAUUGCCGAAAAUUACCAAAUCCCUUGAAACUUUGACGACGGGAGAUCACAUAAAGAGGAGCAAAUCUUUAGACGAGGGAAGGAAGAUUGUAAUUAAGACCAGCAAAUGGUCCCCACAAAGUGUAAGCUCUGACAAGUCCACGGAUCGUACUCAAGGGCUUCUUGAAGCUAAGAUUAUCCCGGAAAGCCAAGCGACCACACCGAAAACGCCGACCUUGGAAAGGGGCGAUGAUGAUCGGUACGAAAUGGAAAAUUAUGAUAAGAUCGUUCAGCCCACUCGAUUUGAAAACAAGGAAACCAAGACAACUUUUCCAGCCCCAAUAGAUCUGGUCGGUGAUUAUUCAUCGUGGAAAGCUAAGGAAGACAUGGGGAGCAAGGGAGGAAAUGACAGUGUUGAUCUUGUUAAAUCUCAGAUUGGCUUGGUAGAGAAGCCCAACGACGUCGCUUGCGAGGGAAAGAAACGGCAUUCUCAGGGGCGCUCGCCGCGGCGUAAAAUAACAUUUAACAGUAAGGUGAAAGUCGACCACAGACCUAGGAGUAGGAUUCCUCCUCAGAAACACGACUCAACCGCUGUUGAUGCACUGUUUACGGUUUCAAACCCUGAGGAUGAGUUAAUCGACCUUAAAGUCAAAGCCUUUUUACGGAAACACCAGCCAAAGGCCAGUCAUGGAUCUUUGAAAGUUAAAGCCUCAAAGCACAAGAGACCUCUCUAUCCAGCGAAUAAAUUACGAGAAAGAAGAAGCUAUGAAAGAAUUGUUGUCAACACGGAUACGUGUCCAAGUUCAAACAUAGUGACUCAGGACAGAUCGUGGUAUUAUCAAGACCGAACAGGCAAGUGUCGGUAUCUGAGAGUCCCUGAGUCACCAGUACCACCUGUAGAAUGGGUGUUCAAACCAACUCCGUCUCCAUAA